AUGGCUAGAAAAUUUAAACAGCAGAAGGAAUCUGAGCUCAGGAUAAAGUAUGUUUCCGAAAAACAGCAGAAAACAAAAGAAGGUGCGUAUAUUGACUGUCUGACGAAGAAGAUUGGACACCGUCCUGUGAUGAACAAGCGCUCUGGUGACAGUUGCGCGUCGAUCCUGUGCAGUGGGCCACAAACAAAGUACCAGAAACAAAGUUCAGAAGACUGGUUCUAAAAUGAAAUUACCCAGCAAAACAUCUACCAUUAGACCAGUAACCAGUAGAUCUAAAGUAGGAACCUCUGGCCCUACAGCACGGUCAUCCAGUGGCUCUAAAGUGCGAUCUUCAGUCAAAGUGUCUUCUGCUCGAUCUUCGAGUGGGUCCAGAGUGGGGUCCUCUGGUGGUACUAAAGUGCGAUCAGGAGUCACAGCUUCACCUAGGUCAUUUGGUGGGAGGAGAGGGAGAUAG